AUGUCGGGAUUAUUUGCCAAAUUUUUCUCAAGUAGUUCGAAUUCUUUGCCGAAUGAUGUGACAACAAUGGAACACUUAUGUGAAUUGAUUAAUUGUUUGGGCAAAAAAGAGGAUGGUUUGUGAUAUUUCUGUGAUUUAAUUUGAGGAGAAUAACUCUGUUUUUUGCAGAAACCGGUGCGCGAGCUGCUGAAAUCGCAAGAAAAUACAGAGAUAUUUUCGAGAAACGAAGUUCAGAUAUCGAAAGUUUUCUUUUGCAUUGUAAUCCGGCUGUUGGAAGUUCUGCAAUGUUAUCAGCUAUCAAAACAUUGUUUGAUAUGUCUUUUGCAAAGUGUAAGUUGGAAAUUCUUGAAAUUGAACUGAAAAAUUGGGCUUUUUCUGCAGGUUAUGAAGUUGGAACAGAUCGAGCUGUCGAAUUAUUGAAACAUUAUUUGGAUGGAAGACAAUUGAAUGCAAAACAUUUGAGAAUGGUUCCAGAAAUCAGUGAGUUAUUAGUCGACAUCUUAGAAAAAAAACGAAUUUCGAGCAAAAAUAAUAACCCCCCUGAUUCAAGUCAGAAGAUUCUGAUAUCUACUAUUCCUUAAAAUCGUUCUAAUAUUUUUUUCAAACAACAAUUUUUUUUCAGCAUUCCCUCUUCUCCGUGAUAUUGUUACUUAUUGUCUUGAGAAAAAGAACGAACCACGAAUCGGUGAAGAAAUUGCGAUUUCCGCUCUUCGCCAACUUUUUCCCAAAGAAGAAUCAACAAAAUAUAUCACAAGUUGUCAUGCCGCACUUUUUGCAUGCACAUUGAGAACCAAAAAUUUCGAUGUUGUUGAAGAUUUUUUGAAUGAUAUUCCGCAUAGUUUUGUGAAUGAGGUGAGGCAUUUUUUGACGCCACGAAGUUCAGAUUCAAAACACUCAUUCAAUAAAGUUUAUAAGUUGUUUUUUUUUAAUAAAUCAUGAAAUGAUUGAAAGUCGAAGUAUGAUUUAAUCGAACUUUUCACCAAAAUACUCCAAAUUAUAAAUCCUCCGUUUUCAGAACAACGAAGAAUCGCAAAAUUGCGAUGAUCCAUCAUCUUCAACUUCAUCCGGCGGACCACAAAUCGAGGGAUCAUCAAAUCGAGCAAGAAACUUCGAGAAAGAUUUGCGAGGAAAAAUGUUGUUAAAACCAAAUGCUCCCACACCUGCGGCUGUUGCUCCACCAAACCCGUUUAUCAAUCCAAAAGUCGUUUUUCAAUAUUUUUAUUAUGGAGCAAUGAUUUUGAUUGAGAAGGUUUUGUUUUGAAACAUUUUUUUAACCUAAAAAUGUGUCAUUUCUUUCAGAAAAACUACGAAAAAGCUCAAAUUCUUUUGGAAACUUGUGUCUCAAUUCCAAGUUAUCAUGCAACAGACAUUCAAAUCGAAGCCUAUAAAAAAUAUAUAUUGGUAUCACUUUUGAUAAAUGGAUAUGUAAAUGAUAUAAAUGAUAAAUCACCAGCUGUAACGAGAUUGGCAAAAACAAAAAUGAACGCAGAUUUUCGAAAUUUGCUUGAAGUUCGUUUCAAACGUGGAAAAAAUACGCAUAAACAAAUCGAAACAUUUAUCAAUUUAAAUCGCCAAAAAUUGGAAAAAGAUGAGAAUUUGAAUUUGGCCGAACUUAUUUGUAUGGAGAUGCGAUUGAAAAGUGUGAUUAGUGUUGCAAAAUUAUAUUCAUCAAUUAAAUUGGAAGAUAUUAAAGAAUUGGCUGGAUUGAAAAAUGAUGAAGAAACUAUGAAUAUUAUUGAGGAAUUGGUCAAUACUCAACGUCUUCAAGUUGUUUUUGAUCAACCAACAAAUAGUGUUAUUUGGAGUGAAUAUUUACCUGAAAUCACUAAACAAGAUGUUGAAAAGGCUGAGAAAUUGUGAGUUUUCUUUAAAUUAAAAAAAAAACAUUUCGGAACCUGCUGAAAAUUGCGGAAGUUGUUUGAAAUUAUAGUUGUGAUUGGUUGAAAUGUACCGUGCAAUAUUUAUUCCCUAGUUUUCGCUAGAAUAAACUAAAGUAUCUCCCAAAAUACCGUAUUAAUUUUCAGAAUCGAAAUCCAAAACGCCUUGCUCGAGGAGAAAAAAAGAAUGGCUGAAAUCUGGCCCAAAAAUCACUGCGAAAACGGUUUUCAACGAAGAUGA